CAAACAGCAGUAGCUGGGCUGGUUCUGCUCACCUGGCCGGGCCAGGCCGGGCCGUUGCCUGGAGACGGGCUGGGGCAUCUCGGGAAGGCAAGAUGGCGACCCCUAUGCACAGGCUGAUCGCUCGCAGGCAGGCGGAAGCCAAUAAACAGCAUGUUCGAUGUCAAAAAUGUUUAGAAUAUGGGCACUGGACCUACGAGUGUACUGGAAAACGGAAGUAUCUACACAGACCAUCGCGAACCGCGCAGUUAAAGAAGACUUUAAAAGACAAACAAAAUAAACUAGCAUUGCCAACAAGCGGACAAGGAAAUACGGAAAAGAAGAUAAAGAAGAAAAGGUCCCAGAGCAUCAGCAGCAGCAGCAGCAGUACUUCAACCGACUCUUCAUCAGACAGUGAAACAUCAUCCAACUCCUCGACAUCAGGAAGCAGCAGCAGCGACGAAGACAGUUCGUCAACCGACAGCUCCUCGUCUUCCUCAACUUCUUCAUCAAGUGAAACUUCAUCUUCGGAUUCCGACUCUGACUCUAGUUCCAGCAGCAGUAUGAGCAGCUCGGAUGAGGAACCACCAAAAAAGAGGCAGAAAUCGUGACUGUACUCUCUCGAUCUCGAUCUAAGCUGGUCUGCAAGCAUCCCUUCAGUUUGAUACAGUAUCUUUUUAAGGUAACUAAUUAAAAAAGAAACUAGCUCCUUAUAAGAAGAAUCCGCAUAGACAAAUUAUGAAUCAAAUGUGAAGUGUAUGCCUAAUGUUUGUGACCUUCAAAUGUGCCUGUCUGCAAAUUUAAUCUUUGGUCCAUUUCUUUUACAGUGAAUAUUGUCCUUUUUUAAAAUGUAGUGCACAGUAAUUUUUCGUUAGGCAGAUUCUUAUGUUAAUGGGUCAGCAUGCAAAUGUUUAAGCAGUCACGGUACUCCAACAAUGGGGAAAUGCACAUUUGGUAAAACUGAAAAUGUCCCAGUAAAUGCCGGGGAUACCUGACUCAAAAUAUCUCUGUUGUGAAGAAGCCAUCUAUUUAGCCUCAUUUUUCCCCACCUCUCAAAUGUUCCAUUUCUUCCCCCCCAAAUAUCAGGAUUAUUUAUCCUCACCUAUUCAUGCAGCUAUAGCCUGCAGAUUCACUGCCAUUUGUUAGCAUAUUCUAUAUAGCAAUGAGCCUGUGUGUAUAUUUUUACAAAAAAAAAAAGUCAACCUCCUCUUUAUUCUUUUGGAGGAUCUUAAAUGUGUGCUAUCUGGUUACUACUUUGUCAAAUCGUGAAAUAUCUUAUCAAAACUCUUCAGAUAUUGUAGAUGUGUUCCCAAACUUGUCCACUUACACCAAGAAGGCUAUCAAUAUUUCAUUGUUGUAAUGCAUACUAUUGUUAAAUUCAUUUUUAUAAACUCCAAAUUAAGUCUAGCUCCAUUAUUCCUAUCCAAAUGUGAUUAUCUCUCUUUUUUAAAAGCUAGACAAAAAUGCUGGAGAAACUCAGCGGGUGAGGCAGCAUCUGUGGACCGAAGGAAUCAAUGACGUUUCAGAUCAAGACCCUGAAUCGAAACGUCGCCUAUUCCUUCGCUCCAUAGAUGCUGCCUCACCCGCUGAGUUUUUCCAGCAUUUUUGCCUACCUGCGAUUUUUUUUUUUUUCCAGCAUCUGCAGUUCUUUCUUAAACAUCUCCCUUUUUUUAAACGCGAUUUGUAUGCCUCUGUUUGUUUUAAGGAGAAAGCACAUCUAAUUAAAUAGAGGUGCAUUUGUUUAGUCAACAAAAUUGCUGUGAUUUUGAACUUUAAAAUUGUGAUUUUGAAUUUAACUGGGAACUUUACUGUUCGUUAAUUAGUUAUUGAGAUGGUAAAGGAACAGAAAUGUAUUUGUUUUGAAUGAACUGAGCAUCUGUGGGACGUUGAGAAAUGUAACUGAGGAAAGCUGCAUACAUCGUUGACUAUCGUUACUGGCUAUCUGCAAUUAUAUUGACUACCAUUUUACUGUUCUUUGAUUCUACGUUUCUUUAAGUUGAUUUUUUUUUCGAGAAAUAAACGUUGUCAUGUUUGAUAGUUA